GCUGGGCAUCGAGAGAGCGAAAGCUCUCCGCGACUUCGCGGCCACAGUCCUUGAGGAGCCGAAGGAGGUCGAAGAGGAUUGGGAGUUGGUGUCGGAUGUGUCGGUCGAGACGUUUGCAGGUGAUUCCGGAAGCUCUCAGCCGUGGCUGGCCACGGUGCGAUCGCUGCUGCUUGCACAAAGUCGCACGCCAGGUGGGGCCUUUUUCGAAGCUCAGGUGACCGUGAUCGACCGCUUACU